CCAAUCCACUCCAAAUAAAUUCCAAAUUGAGUGGAGAGAAACUUGAACAUCCAUCCCUUCGAUCACCAUUAGAUUGUAACAAGCAAAGGGUACAUAUGAUGAUGAAGGCCUCGAAGUUCCUCAUGUUGUGUGCUAUAACACUCGCACUUGUCUCAUUAGUUUUUGCCUCGGAUUCGGACUCUGACUCUGAGAAUAAUGUGUUUAGUCCAAUUAAUAUAGCAGGGUCCCAAGAUGUCCUCUCAAAAGCGGAGAUGAUCCAAUUGAAAUUAGGGGCAUUUGGAGCAGAAAGUGUUGCGUUUGAUCCAAAUGGUGAAGGGCCUUAUACCGGAGUUGCUGAUGGCCGCAUUAUUAAGUGGCUACAACAUGAUCAAACUUGGGUUGACUUUGCUGUCACCUCCUCCCAAAGGGAGAAUUGUAGCCGGGCGUCUGCACCUGAAAUGGAGCAUAUAUGCGGAAGGCCAUUGGGCUUACGAUUUGAUCACGAAACUGGAGACCUUUACAUUGCUGAUGCCUACUUGGGUCUCCAAGUUGUAGGCUCAAGUGGAGGAUUGGCUACCCCACUAGUACAACAAUUUGAAGGCCAGCCUCUGCUCUUCACAAAUGACUUGGAUAUUGAUGAUCAUGAUCAUGUCAUUUACUUCACGGAUUCAAGCACAAUCUACCAGCGCAGGCAAUUUGUUGCUGCUACUGCAAGUGGGGACAAGACAGGCAGGCUGAUGAAAUAUGAUAAAUCAACCAAACAAGUAACAAUACUACUAAGAGGCCUUUCUUUUGCAAAUGGUGUAGCCUUAAGCAAAGAUCGGACCUUCCUCCUAGUAGCCGAAACUUCAGCAUGUAGAAUACUAAGGUAUUGGCUUAAAGGCCCCAAUGUAGGAACUCAUGACACAUUCGCUCAGCUUCCGGGAUUUCCAGACAACGUUAGAAUUAAUUCAAGAGGAGAAUUUUGGGUCGCACUCCACGCAAAGGAAUCACCACUUGCCCGAUUCAUAAUAUCCAAUUCGUGGCUAGGCAAGAUGUUGUUGAGGAAAUUCAAUUUCCAGCAAAUGCACAACUUGUUGGUAGGAGGGCAGCCGCAUGCUACUGUCAUUAAGUUAAGUGAGGAGGGAGGAAUUUUGGAGGUUUUAGAAGAUGUUCAAGGGAACAAGUUGAGGUUUAUUAGUGAAGUUCACGAGGAGGAUAAUGGAAAGUUGUGGAUUAGCUCUGUUAUGAUGUCUUCUUUGGGAGUUUAUCAAUUGUUUUAAGGAAAAUUAUCACUAUUCUAUUGUGUUAGUAAAUGAAUCUUCCUUAUUCAGUAUUUAUACUAGUCUAAUUAAUUAAGUAUUUGCUAUUCCAACUUA